GCUGAAUGUAAGAAAGACGCUCUCGCUGGAGCUCCAGUUGCUGGGGCUUAAUCUAUCCGUUAAUUAAGGCACACACGGCACGGCAAAUAGCCGUACGAUAGUGUCGCGACACGGAGAGGCUACGGAAUUUGAUUGAGAAGGAACGAGAGGAAGACAGGCGUCAAAAUGGUCUUCGAGUCGAUUGUUGCGGAGCUCCUGAACAAGGUGAUCGGCGAGUACAUCGAGAACCUGGACUACACACAGCUUAAAGUCAGCCUCUGGGGAGGCGAUCUCGUGUUAAAUGACUUGUUGAUAAAAGAGUCUGCGUUGGACGUGUUGGAUCUUCCGGUGAGAUUGGAGUACGGUCGAUUAGGAAAAUUGAUACUGAAGAUCCCGUUCAAAGAUAUGUGGAAUGGCCAGAUCGAUGCGAUAGUCGAGGAGCUGUUCAUACUGGUAGUGCCUACGAGUCAAGUCUCGUACAAUGAAGAGAAGGAGACGAAAGCGCAGCUGGAAACGAAGCGAGCGGAGCUCGCGAGGGUGGAGAAGAGGAAGCAAUUAGCGGAUCUAAAAGCGCAAGAGAAGCUGGACGACUCGAUGGUCGAGAAGCUGGUCGCUCGCAUGAUCAAGAACAUCCACGUGGAGAUCAAGAGGAUACACGUGCGUUACGAGGACCACGUGACCUUCAAGGAGCACCCGUUCUCCGUCGGCUUCACCCUAAACACCUUCAUCCUCGAGAGUUGCACGGACUCCUGGGAGACCACUGGCAAUCUGAAGGACAUGUACGCCAUUCCGCAGAUCUUCAAGCUGUGCAGCCUCGACGGGCUGGCCGCCUAUCUCAACACAAGCGUGGAGCAGUACAGCAAGAGCCCGCAGUCCACGUACUCCACUCUCUUCUGCAGCGGCAUCGCGACCAUGGAUUACACGCCCACGGGCUACCAGUAUCUGCUGGGGCCGAUCAACGUCAAGUCCAAGCUCAGGCUCAACCCCAAGCCCGAGUCGGACGGCAGCGACUACACCAUCCCCAAGGUGUGGCUGGACCUGGAGAUGCAGAAAUUACGGAUUGGCUUAACGAAGCGUCAGUACCAGACUCUGGUGCGGUUGGGUGAGGGCUUGGAUCAGGCGCGGAAGGCCGCGCCGUACCGGAAGUACCGGCCGAAUUUGACGUCGUAUCGCGGUCACUACAAGGAGUGGUGGCACUUCGCGUACACCUGCGUCCUCGAGGAGACCGUGCGACGGUGCCGUCGCAACUGGAACUGGGACCACAUGAAGCUGCACCGCGACACCUGCCGCGCCUACGCCGAGGCCUAUCAGACGAAGCUGACGGCGAGGAAGCUGGCGAAAGAUAUCAACGAACGACUGACGGACUGCGAGACGAAGCUGGACAUCUUCAACCUGGUCAUAAUCCGGCAGCAGAUCGAGAUGGAGGUGGAGAGACUGGCGGAGCGGGAGAAGAGCCUGAAGGCGCAGCGUGGCUGGUUCGGUUUCCUGUGGAACAGCUCGCAGGUCGAGGAGACGAAGGAUCUCAACUCGGCCGCGGCCAUCAUGCGCCGAUUCGAGGAGGCGAUGACGCCGCAGGAGAAGGAGAAGCUCUACCGGGCGAUCGACUAUCAGGAGAACAGCGCGCCCGCGCAUUUCCCGGAGACGUUCGAGAUGAUGGACACGCGUUUCCUCCUGCACGGUCUGCAGAUCUCUCUGCUGGACACGGACAAGGAGCACCCGUGCAUCCUGGACCUGCAGCUGCACGGCGUGCGGGCGGGCUUCAAGUCGCGGCCGUCCGCGAACGCGAUCCUCGUCACCGCCUCUAUCAGCGACAUGAAGCUGCUGGGCGCGACGCAGCGCGGCCGCGUGCCCUCGCUCUUCAAUCCGGAACGCGGCAGCUCCGACAGCGCCCUGCUGUCGGUCUCCUACGAGAAGAAUCCACUCGACCGGCUGUGCGGCGAUCGUGUGAUCGUCAAGUCCCGCUCCGUCGACAUCAUCUACGACGCGCAAACCAUCAUAGAGCUGGUCAACAUGUUCAAGGUGCAAGACUCUUCGACGCUAAGCCAACUGCAAAUGGCCGCGGCGGAGCAGUUUGAGGGCCUUAAGGAGAUGUCGGCGCUCGGCUUGGAGUACGCCAUAGAGAAGCAUUCGGUGUUGGACAUACAAGUGGAUAUGCAGGCGUCGCAGCUCAUCAUACCGCACGGCGGCUUCUACGAGGACUCGAAGGCGCUGAUCGUCGUGAAUCUGGGCAGUCUGAAGAUGCAUUCCCUGGAGAAGGGCAAGAGCGACACGGCUGGCGCUAGCGUUAGGCAGCUGGUUAGCAUGGGCAAGAGCGAGGAGGAAGUAAUGCUGUACCUGAGGGAGCACAGCUACGACAAAUUCGCUUUGAAAAUAGUCAACUUUCAGGUGCUGGUCUCGCUGCCGAACGAAGAGUGGCGAUCGGCCCUGGCAAGUACCGAGAGCUCCCUGACGUUGCUCCAUCCGACUACACUGGAGAUUCAGUUCCACAAGUGCCUGGUGACGGACGAUCCUUUGUUGCCGAAAUUACGGCUCCUCGGUAACCUGCCGUCGAUCGCCGUGAACAUUACGGAUGUUCGGCUGCUGCAGGCGCUCUCGAUCGCGCAGAGCAUCCCGUUGCCCGAGGAGGAGAAAUCCACGGAGCUGCAGCGUAUCUCUCUCUCCAAGUCCAUCUCGCAGCUGUCGCUGAAGGAGCUCGGCACCACGAUAUCCAGCAUCGCCGACAAGAGGAAGAAGCAGCAGCAGCAGGAGACGGCCGCCGCGCCGAUGAGGCAGACCACCGACUUGGAGAUGAAAUUCGAGAUGAAGGAGUUCACGCUCUCGGUGUCCAGACAGCGAGAGGACGAUGCGGCGGAGUUCAUGAGAAUCCAAGUGCUGCAACUGGAGGCAGAGCUGCUGCAACGUACGUACGAUCAGGUGGUGCAACUGCGGCUGGGCGGCGUGCAGAUGCGGCAGCUGUACGAGGAUCAGGAGAUCUUCAUGGUCAACACGCCGAUGUCGGCCGGCGGGGACGAGUACCUGAUUGUCGUGCGGUACGUGAACGUGAACAAGCGCUCGCCGGAGUUCACCACGCGCCACGGUUCCGUCGUGAAGCUGCUUCGGCUGGAAUUCACGUCGCUGGACACGCUGCUGCACCAGGAGGCGCUCAUCGAGCUGCUGCGAUUCGGCACGUAUAUUCAGGACCGAAUGAACUCGCUCGAGGGUGCCCAGAGGAAGGAGGUCGAGCGCUCUCGGCCGGCCCGUCUGACCUCCAUCCAAGAGGAGACUUCCGGCUUUCUCAGGGAGCAGUUGCAGAGGCAGAGAUUCCGACCCGCCGGGCGACGUAAGAGACAAACCAUCGAGUGCAUCGAUCUGAAGGUGAGCGCCAAGAUCGGCUCGAUCAAUCUGAAGAUCUCCAGCGCCGCCCGGGACAUCACCGCGCUCUACAUCGAGGGCGUCAGCGCCAGUUUUCUCAGCAAGUCCUCGUAUUCGCAAGUGAACGCCGAUCUGGCCUCCAUCAGCAUCAAGGAUCUCAAUCCUGCUUCUAUGUACAAGGAUAUCGUGGCUGUGGAGGGCACCGAGUCUCUGCAGAUUCAAGCGGUGAUGUACAACAUCGAGCAAUGGGAGAGGAACAAGAACAACAUGUCCGUCAAGGUGACGAUGGGCUGCCAUCGCAUCGUCUUCCUGAACGCGUUCGUCACCAGCGUCAUGAAUUUCCUGAACAACUUUCAAGCGGCGCAGAAGGCUAUCAAGGACGCCUCGGCGGCGGCGGCGGAGGCCGCGAAGACGAACAUCAAGGACGUCCAAGAGAGCGCCUCGCGCAUCGAGCUGAGUGUUAGGAUCAAGGCGCCCGUCAUAUACGUGCCGAUGAACUCCAAGAACGAGCACAGCUUGAUGCUAGACAUGGGCAAUCUCAUGGUGUGUAACGUCUUCAAGAAGCUAGAGAUGGACGAGGAAAGCGAGGAGUGCCCCGUGGUGGACGAAAUGAAAAUCGAGCUGCAGAACCUGAAGCUGUCCCGAGUACGACUGAACAUGGAGAAGUUCACCAGCGAGAACGAGGUGAUGCUGCUGGAGCCGGUAACGUUCACGCUGCUGAUGAAGCGCAAUCUGUCUACCGCCUGGUUCACUUCUAUUCCGGACAUCGACAUGUCCGGCAGGAUGAACAGGAUCAAUCUGCUGUUGAGCAAAGAGGACUACGCUACGAUUCUGAAGGUGCUGGAGCAGAAUCUGGGCGAGACUUUCGAGGACGCGAAGCCCGCGCAAGCCGCGUCGUCCGCCGUCAAGUGCGAGUACGUCGCAGAGAUCCAACCGGCGUACAAGUACGAGGCGGACGCGUCGCGGGGCGAGGCGCCGUCGGCGGACACGCAUCAGGAGCGGCACGCUCACACGUCCGUCAAGUUCGAGUUCAUCAUGGACAGUCUGGUGAUCAAUCUCUUCACCGGCGGCUCCAAGUUGCUGCAGUCGCAGACGUCGCCGCUGCACCUGCCCGAGCACGGGCUCGCCCGCUUCAGCCUCACGCACUUCGCAGUGAAGGGUCGCGUGUUCGCGGACGGGCUGCUGGCCACGUCGAUCCUGCUGAUGAACUGCACGCUGGACGACAUGCGGCAGAGCCGGGAGGGCUCGCUGGUGCGCAUCAUGGAGCGGACCAGCGGCGUGCCGGCGUUGCCGGCGAGCGAGGAUCAUCUGCUCGACAAGGAUCAGCACGCCAAGUACAACGCCAGGAGCAUGCUGGACGUGACGGUGCGCCAGAGCCCGAACGACACGUUCGCCGACGUGCGGGUGUUCUCCUUCAGCAUCAUCGUGUCCCUCGACUACCUCAUGAAGAUCAAGGACUUCUUCGACGUGGACACCGCGAGCAAGACGGCGGCCGUUCCCCCCGCGGCGUCCGCCUCGAAAAGCGAGUCGAUGGUGCCGAGAAAGAGGCCGGCGCAGCAGCAGCAGCAGCCGGCCGCCACGGCGCCCAAGAUGUUGACGGUGAAUCUGCACGUGGAGAAGCCGGAUAUCAUCCUGCUCGAGGACAUGGACGACGUCAACUCGAAUUGCAUAGUACUGAAUACGGAAUUGCUGCUGAAGGUGCGCGUCAUGGGGGAGCAUCAAGUGAUCUCGGGUUCCAUUAAGGAUCUCUCGCUGCUCACGGGGAUAUACAAUCCCGCGAAGAGGGCCGACUCGAUCUAUCAGGUCUUGAGGCCGUGCAGCAUAAGCGUAGCCGGUUCCACGCCAGAAGGCAAAGGGCUUCAUUUGGAGGUCCGGUGCACGGACGUACACAUCUCUGUUUCGCCAGGUGUGAUCGAAAUACUGAAUAAGGUCAUUCACACGGUGACGAGGAAGGAGGAGGAGGACAAGGAGGUCGUCAAGCCCGAGCCUAAUUACGAAGGAUUGUGGAUCGUCACGCCUUUCGAGGAGACUAAUUAUUGGUUCCUGAAAACAGAAGUCGCGAUGGAAGCACUCGAAGAGUUUAUGUAUCCGGACGACGAGGUUGCAGCGGCCUAUAAACCCGAAUUGGCCCUCGUCUCAGCGCCGACGAUCCUGUUCACCCUGGAGGCGGGUGUCGGCAACAAAACUCUGCCGAUGUUGCUGCUUCAUGUGGGUUUCCAAAGCAACGUCAACGAUUGGAGCACAAAAUCUAUGAGCGUGGAUUGCACGAUGUCGGUGAUCAUGGCGUAUUACAACAGCCGACUCGCGCUGUGGGAGCCGCUCAUCGAGCCGAUAGAAAGCUCCGACAGCGGUAAACGCGUCUCGACGCCGUGGGAACUGAAAACGAAGAUCCAAUUUAACGACAUAAUGCUGGACUCCAGAGGCGCCAGCGCGAUCAGCCCCAUCUCGGACAGCGAACCGGAAGAGCUGCACCAGUCUACCAAGAUGUCCAUCGACAUCACGUCCUCUGAUAAUCUGGAGAUAACCGUGACGAAGACGUGUCUGGAUGUUCUGAAGCAACUCGGCCAGUCAUUUUCCUCGGCCAUGGAGGCGAGCGGCAAAGGGCCCACCAGGAAGAUGGCGCCGUACGUGCUGAAGAACGAGACCGGCCUGGCGAUGGUACUCGAUCUGGAGCACAGUCUCUUCAAGAUUUUCGACGACGGAUCGAGAAUAAGGGACCACAAUGACUCUUAUAUGGAAGUGAUCCUCGAGACUGGUGCGUCGAUAGAGCUGGCGCCGAAGACAUCCAAGUACGACGACGCGCGCCUUCUUAAGCAGUUGAAAGUCGAGAGCGUGAAGGACAGGGAAGACAGUAGAUUCUCCAUAUCCUUUAAAGGUAUUCAAGGCAAAUUGGCGAUACCGGUGCUACGAGCGGACAGGCGGUUCUUCUCUCUGAGGCAUCGAAAGGACGGCUCCGAGGAAUGGGGCAUCGUGUCGGACAUUAUUGUGGAAGAGGGUAGCACGAUCGUGACUCUUAGGAGCGUUCUUCAGGUCCACAAUCACUUCGCGCAGCCGAUAUCCGUUUAUUAUAUGACGAAGCGCGGAAAUGAGGUGGAGUGCGUGGGCACGGUGGCGCCGGACGAGAAGCUCAAUUUACCAUUGGACGCCGUUUACACCCCGACCAACAUUUACUGGCUGUUUUUCAGCGUCGAUGGAUACAUGGUGUCGGUCGAGCCGUUCAUCUGGAAGGACCUGCAGAAAACCGUUUCCAUGACGAAAUUAUUGAAAUGCGAGUCGCGAUCUAAGCGGGACGCCGCAGAGCCAUUUUACAUCCAGGCCGUGGGGGAGAUCGAGCAGGUGUACUUCGAGAAUACCGCUCGCCACACCAUGGCUAGUACCGUCUACAACGUGCACCUGUACCCGUCUGUGUAUCUGAAGAACUUCCUACCGAUCGACAUUAUCAUCUGCUUGCCCGGCACCGCUCAGGAAAGCUUGCUCGAGGCAAGCGCCUCCCUGCAACUUCCUACGAUCGACCCGGCCAAGUCAUAUAUAAUAAUUAAGCUGCCCAAUUAUCUGGAGAAAGACUGGUCGUGCCAAGGCGACAUCGUGGCGAAUCCGCCGGAGUUCGCCGUCUGGUCGUUCGAGUCCUUCGACAGCGCGCAGCGAGUCGUUCUGGACCUCGGGAUGCACACGUCCUACAAACACGGCUCGAUCGUCAUGGCGCUGUACUGCCCGUUCUGGAUGCUGAACAAGACCGGUUUAAUGCUGUCCUACAGAAAAUCAAGUAAGGGUGGCAAAGAGCACUCGAGUCCGAUCAAGACGAUGGACGAUUACCUGAACGUCUUGUACCAUCCGGAGCAUUUCAAGGGGCCUAUUCUGUUCUCGUUCCGCUCCAAAGCCUUCUUCGGCAAGAAGAAGGCCAUGAUCAGAGUGGAGGACGGAGAGUGGUCCGAUAAAUUCUCCAUUGACGUCGCGGGCAGCGAGGGCAUGGUGGCCUGCAAAUACAAUGGAAUGAUAUAUCAGAUCGGAGUGCACAAUCAACUGACGUACAACUCGUUGACCAAGCAGAUCACGUUCACGCCCUAUUACAUCCUUAUCAACAACGCAGAUUUCCUCAUAGAAUGCCAGGAGGGCGAUCGGCCGGCCGAUCCGACGAUCAAAGUGCCGCCUGGCGAGUGCGCGGCCCUGUGGUCCAGAACCGAGCACGAGAACAAGACUCUGAAGGCCAAGGUCGCCGGUCAACCCGAGAAAACCGCGGCGUUCAUUUACACCGACAGCCACACGACUCUGCUGAAACUGGACAAUAAGUACGGAGGGAUCAACGUGGACGUGCAAAUCAGCGAGGGCGGCGUUUACAUCUCCAUGUCGGCCUACAGCCCGGGCAACGCGCCGGCAUUGAUCAUCAACCACACGCCGCACACCAUCAAUCUGUGGGAGAAGGGUUCGAUCAACGUUAGGUCGAUACAGUCAUACAACAGAAUGUUUUAUACCUGGGAGAAUCCGGCGGGUCCGCGAAAGCUGGUCUGGGAGGAUAACAACGGCAAAGAAAUCGAUGACAAUCUUCGCAAGGACAAUCUCGGCACCUUUCAACUGCCGGAAGUCGACGAGAAGCUGUUCUACGUUUCGUUCCUGGACGGUACGCAGCGAGUGCUGCUGUUCACUGCGAAUCUGAAGAUCGCCGAGGAUUGUCAGCUGGCCGGUGACCUGGAAGUGAUCGAUCAGGAGAUCACGUUGAACAUCCACGGCAUCGGGUUCUCCCUCGUGAACAACAUCACCAGGUCCGAGCUGUUGUACAUGUGCAUCGCCAGCUCUGGGAUCAUAUGGGAGACGCGUAAGUCCAUCGGCGGCCGAUGGCGAGCGUUAAGUGCCAAGGAAGUCAACGCCAUCGAGGAGGGAUAUCAGCGGUACAUGAGGGAAUUGCAAAUCGGCAAAUCGGACGCGGACUACCGGAUGAUGCUGGAGCCGAAACUAAUGGUGGAUUAUCUGAAUAUGGAGAUGCUCAAGCCACACCGUCGGUACAUGCGACGCACAUUUCAGACUGGUCUCUGGCUGCAGUACCGUACCUCGGCGCAUCAGGUGCAGCUGCACGCGAAGAUCAACAAGCUUCAGAUCGACAAUCAGUUGUCGGAGUGCGUAUUCCCAGUUAUAUUGGCGCCGGUGCCACCGCCGAAGAGCGUUACGCAAAGUACAGUCAUGAAACCUUUCGCGGAGCUCAGUAUGGUCAAGCGCCUGUUGGAGCACAGCACCGUGCAGCAGUUCCGUUACUUCAAGGUUCUCGUACAAGAGUUCCACAUCAAGGUGGACAUCGUUUUCAUAAACGCGAUAAUGGGCCUAUUCGAGGCGAACGAGGCCAACGACGCGGAAGAGAGCGCUUUAUUCCGCACUGACAUGAAGCUAGUCAACGAACCGUUAAUGUAUCACGUCAAUCUGAUCACCACGGCCGAGCAGAAGAACUUCUUCGAUCUGCUGCACUUCUCGCCCCUCAAGAUACACAUCAGUUUCUCAAUGACCGGAAGCGGUGGAGGGCCCUCCGCGUUGCCGCAAGUGCUCAACGUGCUGUUGCAAGGAAUCGGCGUGACGCUGACGGAUAUUAACGACAUUGUGUUCAAAUUGGCGUACUUUGAGAGAAACUACGUGUUCAUGACGCACAAGCAGCUCGUCUCCGAGGCGAGCACUCAUUACGCGGGCCAGGCGAUCAAGCAGGCGUACGUGCUCGUGCUGGGACUCGAUGUGAUCGGUAAUCCGUACGGGCUCGUGGUCGGGACCAUGAAGGGCAUCGAGGACCUGUUCUACGAACCCUUCCAAGGGGCCAUACAGGGUCCGGGGGAGUUCGCGGAGGGCCUGUUCCUCGGGGUGCGUAGCAUGCUGGGCCAUACCGUCGGCGGGAUGGCGGGCGCUGUGUCGAAGAUCACAGGAGCGAUGGGCAAAGGUAUAGCUGCUCUGACCUUCGACAAGGAUUACCAGCGAAAGAGGCUAGAACAGCUCAACAAGCAACCCGCCAACUUGCAAGAAGGUCUCGCACGAAGCGGGAAAGGUUUAGUAAUGGGUGUAGUCGAUGGCGUAACGGGUGUGGUAAUGAAACCUUUGUCGGGAGCGAAGGAAGAGGGAGUGGAGGGAUUCUUCAAAGGGUUUGGAAAGGGCGUUGUUGGACUCGUCACUAGGCCUACCGCUGGUGUUAUCGACUUUGCAAGUGGUUCCUUUGGAGCUGUCAGACGAGCCACCGAGCUAAGUGAGGAAGCAAAGAGAGUACGAUCGCCCAGAUUUCUGCAGCCUGACAGCCUCGUUAGGCCGUACAUAAAGGACGAAGCCGAUGGCAACAAAAUACUGAUGGAGCUGGAAAAGGGAAAAUACGCCCACACGGAUGUUUAUGUCUACCACGUAUUCAUCAACAAAGACGUGCUGCUGCUCACCGACAAAAGAUUAUCGUACCUCGAACGCAGCGAUUUGUUCGGUGGCUGGCGGGUUGACUGGACUCACACUUGGAACGAAUUCAGCGAACCGGCGAAAGUCGUAGAGAAAGGUGUACAGAUUUUUAUUAAGGACGCUAGUAAGAGAAAGAAACUCGGUGGCCUAUUCGGCAGUGCCGAUCAGUCAAAGAUACUUUUAAUAACGGAUCAUAAUAUCAAACAGUUGCUGUGCAGUAAAAUACAGGAGCAGAUUAAUCAAUCCAGAGUAUAACACACCAACGCACAAACGCAAGAAACGAGCAGUUUCGAACUGUAGAAGAAAGGACAAGAGAAGAGAGAGAGAGAGAGAGAGAGAGAGAGAGAGAGAGCAAACCGAGCUUUUUUGCUUCCGGAACGCUUCGCGGGCAAGUUCGCACAAUUUAUAGACACAUUUUCUACAGACACUAUUUAUAAGACUGAUGCUGCGUAAUCGCAACGACAAAGGGACACUAAUUUAUGUACUUUGUUAUCAAGAAACGGCGAUAGGACGUAAAUACGAGAUCUUUCUUACUUCUCACCGCGCAGUGUUGUUCAGAACUAUUUUCGUUGUCGGUACCAUUACCGAGCGGCAAAUGACGUUGGAUUGGUGCAAAAGAUUCGUCGCAAUUCGUCGAAUAGAGCUGAAAACGAAAUAUUUUGUAUAGCGAAGUAAUUUUUUUUAAGAUAGAUUUUUAUCAAUACAGUAAAAUGUUCGGCUCUCUCCGACACUUUCCUUCGCCCGCAAAGAGAAAUUUGUCAGUCUCUCUUAAAGAGAUUAAAGUCGAUGUUUUAUAACAAAUGGAACUUCGGAGAGAAAGAUCUUUUGUACCAAGCUAACAGUUGCAAUGUAGGAGAGUAGAAGAGAAAAAGUAGUGUUUUUCGAAUUUAUAUUUAUAGGAUAGCGUUCGAACACGAACAUCGUUUUAGUCACGCCAGAGUUACCCUUUUUUUUUUCCCAUCGUAUCGUAUUAAGAGUUUAGGUUCGCCGCGAAAUCACGAGCGGGCGACCGUACGACAAGUUGAAGCGAGACGAAAUGACAGACGUAAAGUGAAUCUCUUCGACAAAUCAACUGAAUUUAGCAGAGUACAAUAAAAUCAUUUCUAUAUGUACUUGUUGAAGUAUUAUGCAGAUUUUUUAUCGAAGUCCGGUGAACCGGUGUUGUUUUAUAUUUGUAGGAAGUUAGCUUUAUCCAACGCAGCCCCUCCACCGCCCCCCCCCCACCCCCUGCUAACGCGCCGCUAAUUGUAAAUAUCGCAUACGUAACGUCAUCGCGUCAAGCGAUACGUACUGUGUUAAUUGACAAAGUAACGAUAACGCUUGAUUAUCUACCCGGCGUCCGGCGAGAAUGUUGAAGUAGUAUUCGCGCUAUAAAAUGCCGUCGAUUAGGGACGCCAUCGUUGAGAACGUAAUAAAUUUUAUUACUGAGCUUUAAAAAAAAAAAACGAUCCCGAGACGAUUUUGUGCAUCGGCGAUACCUCUACCUCGUUUUAACUUCUUCUUUUUAACGCUAAUUAAUGUAAUUAAUUAGAAUUGUAAUACCGAUCUAAGGAGUAAGGAUACGGAGUUAUUUAAAUUGUACAGCAAUUAACGUAAUCGAGCCUGUUGUAAUUCUUUUUUUCCGCUCGACUCCUUUGAAGGUUUUAAAGCCAAAGUGAAAGAACGUAAUUUUACUUGUGCGACGCAACUUACACGUAUUUGUUACUUACAGUGUACACCCCGUGCUUAUUAUGUAUUUAAUUAAUUUAACUGUAUUUUUUUGUUGCAGAGCUUAAUAAAGUCAUUACAAAUAUUUUCGGUA